UGCCUCUCUAUGUGGAGCGUGAGCGUGGGCGUCCGCUGGCAGGGCGCGCGUGACGCAGCGAGCCUCCCGACUCCCGCCAAGGCAGCGGCGGCUGCGGCGGCUGCGGCUGCAGGAAGGGCAGCAGCGGCAGCAGCAGUAGCAGGAGUAGGAACAGGAACGGGAGGAGGAGGUGGGUCGACAGCAGGGGGCGGGAGGGAGGGCGGCAGGAGCCGGGGCGGAGUGGCAGCCAUGCUGUACUACACUCUGGACCCGCAGUUCGGCGCCCUCCUCUACUCCGUCGCCAGCAGAUAUGAGCGCUUCGCUCUCCUCCCCGACUCCCUCGCCUGCUGUGCCUACGCCGGUCCGCCCGCGCCCACGGAGGUGCUGGCGUACGCCCACGCCCUCGGCAUCCAGCUCUACACUCUGGGCGAGAACUACGCCUGCUUUCUCACGCAAGUUCGGGCGGGCAGCGUGAUUUUCCUGGUGGGCGUCGGGUCCCUGGUGUGCUGGAAGCUAUGGGAGCACUGGCGAAGCGGAGGCGGCCCCUCGUCGCCCCCGCCCUCGCCCACGCACUCGCCCUCACCCCCGCAGCGGCGCCCACGGAGCAUCCUCGCCUCGCUCCUGGAGGACGACCUCGUGCAGGAUUUCGAGGACUUCGACGAUGAGGAUCCCGCUCUCAUCCACCAUCUGAUUGAACUGGGCCGAGAAUUCGUCGUCAAACUUUUAGUGGGCAAGUACUUCGGGCCAGACAGUCCCAGCGGGGAGGGGCCUGGCGAGGACCUGUCCCUCGUCAGCAGCGAAGUGAGCGAAGUGAGCGAGGUGUUCGCGCACCACUACCUUGCCGACGCCAGUGCCUCCAUCUCUGCCGGCGAUGUGGGUUCCUCCUCGGGCGAGAACAGUUUACCGACGGACGAAGAUUCGGACGUGGAACUCUUCGGCGGCCACAAGCGCGUGGUUCGCAGGAAGCACAGGUCCUCGGAGCUCCAUCGCAACCAGUUGACUCCAAGCCAUGGGAGAGCCCCAGGCGGCGGGGGCCGAGGCUCGACGGCAGCGCCCAACGCGUCCACGGUGGCAAAGAAGCACAAGACAGAGUCCAAGCACGCGGCGAAGCGCCAGGGCACGGGCCAGCAUCCCCUGCAGGAGGAUUGGUGUUCCUCGGAGUCGUCCCCCGCCCACGGCGCGCCCACAAGCGCCCACCUGCCGCAGGUUAAGGAGCUCACUCGACACCUCGGCGACGGUUCGGAGACGCCCGACUCGGAAGGACAGGUUGGGAAGAGACGUCAUCAGUGUGGCUCAGCACUACGAUCUUCACAGACUCGUGAUCAGGAAGACUUGCUGGUCGACAGCAGACUGCAGCCUGAAGGAGAGGAGGAGAGCCACCUCAGCACCAACAUCUCAAGUGCCUCACUGAGUGACCUCAUGGAAAAAAUGCGGCACAGAGGCUGCCAUGGGUCUAUCUCCCGUGAUAAUUCAAUUGCUUCCAACAUGUCAGACUUUGUUACCUCACCCCAAGGGUCCAAAAGAUUUACAUUUAAAAGAGAAGAUUCAGUCUGCUCAAAUCUGUCAGACUUUGCACCAUCAGAAUGCUCUGAAAUGUCACUGGAUGUUUCUGUGCGUGAUGAUCUGGCUUGUAAGACUUUCACCUACCUGGAUGAUAUUGAGCAUGAGCUGGAUGACCUCAAGUCCUCCAUGUUAGAGAUGGAUGAAGAGGUGACAAAAUUUGCAUCGAAGCCAAACCCAUACACCUUUAAGACAACUUACUCUGACUAUUCCAUCACAUCUGGAGAUUCCCGGCCAAGUUCUGCCUUAGAUCUGGUAAAUGCACAUCGCUCAAGAGCCAGCUUCAGAGGUGUUCUUGGUCAAAAGGGCACAGGGUCAUCUGACUCUGAAGCGCUGGAGGGAGGACCUGCAGAAUCCACACACUCUCAGGGUCAUGUGGUCUCAGGCUCAGAGGCAGAAGGAUCAUUUGAGUGGGACUCUCCACAGCAUGGCUGGUCGAGUGCAAGAGGACCACCACUCUCACGUCUCCCGGAAUUGCCUUCAGAAGAUGCAGAAUCUUCACGUGCAUCAACUCAGGAAGACAUGAUGCCAUCACUUGAGUGGGAUAAUGACUGCUUACAGCAAUAUGAUGAGGAACAGAUGCAAGACUCCCAUAACAGCCAGCUUGAUGAAGUCUUCCAUCGCAACACCUGUGAGAGCUUUGCAGAACUGGAAGGAUAUGAAGAAUAUAAGUUAUCUUGUAGUCGGCACCAACUGUUACCUGACCACUCCUCUCUUGAGCUGGACCUUGAAGAGGAACUCCAGGCAGCCACAAACCCUCUCACAGAGGCAGCUGACCUCCGUUCUGCGCCCAUGACCAUCUCAGUUGACUCUGCCAUACACUCAGCCACAGGCUCACGCUCUGCUUCAUCUAGUCCUUUACCCACUGGUCUUGGCCAGUCGCUGCUCAGCUCGUCUGGCCUGGCUAGCAGCUCCGAGAUCUCUCCUGCUACGCCUGACUCAGAGUCAGCAGGCUGGGCCAGCUGGGAGCGUCGCCUGGGACCAGGGGAGUUCGGUACUAAAGCUCGGCGCUACUGGAGUUCCGAGGAGAGUGGGUACAUGGAAGGAACUGACACACCCCUUGACACGGCCGUACAUGCACACCUCUCACCUGUGCACGAAAUCAAGGAGAAGGAAUACUCAGAAAGCAGCGGCUCUUCCCCCACGCAUCAUACUAACCCCAGAGAAGUAACAAGUGAGGGUGGCAACCUGAACGAGACAGCGCUGGAGUCCAACCUCAACGGAAAUCUCAUCAUGGGAAGCACUGCCAGCACUGCCAAUGACAACGAGCAUAUCCUUGGUAUCACCACUUCAGCCUUCGGAAACCAGCCAAAUGUAGCCAUUGGGCAGAGAAUAGAGGUUGCCCGGUACGCCAGCCAGGAGUGGCGAGGGAACACAGCCAAGGCACACACAAUUAAACAGGGCUACUCAGCAAUCCCAGUUGAGCUCAAUUACCACUACCUGCGAAGAGUCCGUGGUGAUAACUACUGUGGAGUUCGAGCAACCCUCUAUCAGAUCCUUUCCCUAGGCCUCCCUGUACCCAGUGGGCAUGCUACCCACACUCGUCUGGCAGCUGAACUCAAUCAGGGUUCCACGUGGCUCCGAGACUGGUCCUUUGGCCAUCGUCUCAGCUUCUCAAAGGAACAGGUCCUCAAUGGCUUCUGGGAAUGCUUGGAGGCCCUAGACAGCAUGGUGCUCAGUCUGAAAGGAUGUGAAAACAGGGAAUGUGUUGUUCUGUCACGCCUCAACAGUGACCCUCUUCUGGAUGUGAAGCUCUGUGAGGCAGUGAAGCUGCACAUGCUGGCAACUGCCCUAGACCUUCACAUUGGGAAUAAUAAUGGUGACAAUGUCCCACUCUUUUCCAUGAUCAUGUUUGCUCGGCACACAUCGCUAACACCAAGAGAUUUCGUGAAGAAUCAUUUAAAUUUGGUGGGGGACACGGCCGGGCUGGAGCAGGACCAACACAAGAUUGAGAUGUUCCUAAUGGGGCAUACUCUGGGAGUCACUCUUCAGGUGGUGCGGCCGGCGUGCUAUGGCAAAGACGACUUCAUAUGCUACUACCCAGAUGCAAACAUAGGUGUCUGGCCUGAGGUCACUCUGGUCGCAGAAGAUGACCGGCAUUACAAUGUUCUAAUAAAGUGAUAGAUAUCUGAAGGAUGAAAGUGGAGAAGCAGAAGAUGCAAGCACAUCAAGUGAAGGCCCUGUCCUGCCGUUGCAUUGUGUGCUGUAAAGAGGAGUCACGGUGCCUCUGAACUUUUUUUUUUUUUUUUUUUUUUUUUGCCAUUAAUUUAGUGUAUAAAGUGGGCAAAUAUGUUGAAGAAAAGAAAACUUUUGGCAAUAAUAUACCUACUGAGGUUGGGCCAGGGGACUCGACCUUAAAGCAUUAAGAGAGUUAACUGUGAAUGAUUGAGUUCUGUCACUGCUAGUAUGUAUGGAAUUAAUUUGUGAAGCCCUAAGUGACUCACAGUUAAUUGUCCUAUGGAAGUGCUUCUUUUGGUACAAAAUUAAGAGGUGUUCGAAAGCUAGCUCCUUGUCAGAAAUGUACACCCAGCCUUGUUCUAGGGAAAAUUAAGAGAAAUUGGUUGUAAAUAGGAAACUAUUUUAGGCAAUAAGGAAAAAAACAUAGGAAGAAACUUUAUUUUAUUUAUUUAUACAUAUAUUGGUGUAUUUAUUUAUUUAUUUUUUUUCUUUGGGUGCUGCAGCUGAAUUAUAAAUAUUUAGCUUUCAAAAUAUAUCCGAGUGUUUUUGAUGGGUGCAAGUAGGUUAAAAUGUACAUAGAGUUUGUUAGCCGUUUCUUGAUUCACUUAGAGAAUUGUGUAUAUAAUAAAUGUAUAUAACCUGUGAUCGUUAUCUCAUUGGUUAUGUUGUAAAGCAGAUAGGCUAGAGUAAUCGUAAAAUUAUCUGAUCAAAAUUACUGCAUGUAACAUAUGCCACAGUGAUAUAUGUCAAAAUGGUAACUUUGCAUUGUUAAGUGUUACCAAUAGGAGAGUUAGAAUCAUGACAUUCUAGCAUAGUCUGUAUAGUAAACUCCAGCUUCAAAUAUUAAUGGCAAAACAAUGAUGAUUUAAUUCCCUUGAGGGAGUCAGCAUUACCACAGCCAAAUGAUUCUCAAAUGGACCUAAGAAAGCAUGCCCAAUUUUGUCUCUUGUUGUACGAAUAUGCCUUGCUAGUGUGAUAUGAUGCGUGUAUGAUGAUUUAUUGUCUUCCAUUGAUUUCCUGGAUUUGUUGUAUAUAUGUUUUAAUGUCUUCAUAAUUUUUUGCCUAAGUAGCUUUAUCAGGUUAUGGAGUUGAUGUCAGUCUUUUUUAUAAUCUAAUCUAUUACAGGAGACAAAAUUGUGUGCAUGUGUGCUUAAGUCAUAAACUUAAUAAUAUGCAGCAAAUCUGACAAGUCAGAAUGUUGGAGUGGGGGUGCCAGGCACUCGCUAAGGCAUUUCCCCUUUCUGCGCUCGCCCAAAUUACAGCUUCACUUAAGAGACACCAAAGAAACCAGGUUAAGGGUCCUUCACAUCAGUUCAUCAAUUUGUACUAAUUUGUUUUUGAGUGUCCCUAAGGCUUUGGAUGCAUAAAUUCCAGCUGAUAAAAUUUGAAUAUGAAGACAUCAUUCCUGUCCUUCUCUUGUGGUUGUCGAGGUUCUGGCAUCCCUGAGUCCAGGCUCACUGCCCUGCAGCUGCAAGGUCAUCAGCAGCACUCAUCUCUCUUGAGCACACUGCACAAAACAGCAACAACAGUUGUUGCAGUAUAUACAUAAAUUAUUGUGUGUGUAUGUAUAUGUAUAUGUUUAUAUAUAUAUAUAUAUAUAUAUAUAUAUAUAUAUAUACAUACACACACAAAUA